AUGGCGUCGCCGUGCAAGUUCAUGCACAUCAUCGCAACCUUUGCUGCCGUCCUGCUCUCGACUGCCAGCGCGGGUUUUAGUUCGUCAUCGAGGACGAAUCUCGCCGUAUAUUGGGGUCAAAACUCCUAUGGCCAGAGCAGCUCUCAGCAGAGGCUUUCAGCCUACUGCUCCAACACGGAUAUCGACAUUAUCACCAUCAGCUUCCUGACCGAGAUUAUCAAUCCGGUGGUCAAUUUUGCAAAUGCUGGCGACAACUGUACUGUCUUUACAGGCACACCGUUGUUAAGCUGCCCACAAAUAGAGGAGGACAUCCAGCUGUGCCAAAGCACAUACCAGAAGACCAUCAUGCUCUCGAUCGGUGGGGCAACCUACACAGAAGGCGGGUUUAGCUCUUCAGCUGCUGCUGUCUCAGCGGCAAACAAUGUUUGGGCAAUUUUUGGCCCGGAACAGGCUGGCAGCACGGUCAAGAGGCCCUUUGGAAAGGCAGUUGUCGAUGGAUUCGAUUUCGAUUUCGAGUCCAUGACUCAAAACAUGCCGCCAUUCGCCACCCAGCUCAGAGGCCUCAUGACCGCAGCAACGGCGGCGGGCGGCAAGCCUUACUACCUCAGCGCCGCCCCACAGUGUCCAUAUCCUGACCUGGCGGAUGACGACAUGUUGAACGGCGGCGUCAGCUUUGACUUCAUCCAGAUCCAGUUCUACAACAACUAUUGUGGCGUCAGCAGCUUUGUUGUAGGUGCCUCUUCUCAGCCCUCAUACAACUUCGAUACUUGGGACAACUGGGCAAAAAAUGGGAGCGCAAACCCCAACGUCAAGAUUCUCGUGGGCAUCCCGGCAAAUACGGGUGCAGGGGCAGGCUACACUAGCGGUAAUGUCUUGCAGGCAGCGCUUGCUUACAGUCAGGGCUUCUCCAGCUUUGGGGGUCCCUCCACCCACGACCACAGCAACUACCAGUACGGCCAGCACAAGUACCACUUCCACGAGCACAGGGACCACUUUGACGACAACAACCGCGAGUCCGUCGUCUCCCACCACGUCGACAGCGACUCCCACAACUACAGCUCCCGGAACCGGCGUGACUGUGCCUGA